AACGUCUUCCCAACAUUUGCCUAAUACUCUUGCGGUUCUUUCGUUAAUCGUUACUAUAAAAAGCACCACCACUUUGCUGUUUUUUCCCAUCCACAACACAAUCACUAAUAUACUGUAGGGGUGGAAUUAGCAACAUGAAGGUGGUGCUUGCAAGUGUGCUGCUUCUGUGCCUCUUACUUAGCUCAUCUUUCUUGGAUGUCUCAAUGGCUGGUUCUGAUUUUUGUGACAGCAAGUGUGGGGAGAGGUGCGCCAAGGCAGGAGUUAAGGACAGAUGCUUGAAGUACUGUGGAAUAUGCUGCCAAAAGUGUAAUUGCGUGCCGUCUGGUACUUACGGGAAUAAGGACGAGUGCCCUUGCUACAGGGACAUCAAGAACUCCAAGGGCCAGGGCAAAUGCCCUUAAUUGUUAUCUCUCUCUCGCUCUCUCUCUCUCUCCUCUCUCUCUAUAUAUAUACAGCUUCAUUAUGAAUCUUAUAAUUAUUAUGUUAUAUCAAAACUCUCUCGUGUGUAUUCUAUGAUUCUAUCUUCUGUCAGAUUUGGUUUACACAUACAUGACUUGCUUGUCAUGGAAGCUCAAUUAUGGUUAGGUCAUGAAUAAUCGAUCGGAGUCAUUACUCUUC